GCUAUGAUGGCAGCCGUGGGUUGACAUCGAUACAUUACUGAAUAUAAACUAUUUAAAAGUUAGCGGAAAACCCCCGGCACAAUAACGUAGAACAAAGCAACAGUUUUCUGAUAGUACGCACUUAAAACACACACGGCCCGGUUUGGGGAACGUGGCACUAUGCCCGCAGCUACUGUGGAUCACAGCCAAAGAAUAUGUGAGGUUUGGGCCAACAACCUGGAGGAGGAGCUGAAGAGGAUCCGACAUGUCAUCCGAAAGUACAACUACAUUGCUAUGGACACCGAGUUUCCAGGUGUAGUAGCCAGACCAAUCGGAGAGUUCAGAAGCAACGCUGACUAUCAGUACCAGUUACUGCGCUGCAACGUGGACUUGCUCAAGAUAAUCCAGCUGGGCCUCACAUUUAUGAAUGAGCAAGGCGAAUACCCUCCGGGAACAUCCACAUGGCAGUUCAAUUUUAAGUUUAACCUCACAGAAGAUAUGUAUGCACAGGACUCCAUUGAGCUCCUGACCACUUCAGGGAUUCAGUUCAAGAAGCACGAGGACGAAGGCAUUGAGACGCUGUACUUUGCAGAGCUGCUGAUGACAUCAGGAGUGGUGCUCUGUGAUGGGGUCAAGUGGCUGUCUUUUCACAGUGGCUAUGACUUUGGAUACCUGAUCAAGAUUCUGUCCAACGCUAACCUGCCUGAGGAAGAGGUGGACUUCUUUGAGAUUCUUCGUUUAUACUUUCCAGUCAUUUACGAUGUCAAGUACCUCAUGAAGAGUUGUAAAAACCUGAAGGGCGGGCUGCAGGAAGUAGCCGAGCAGCUGGAGCUGGAGAGGAUCGGACCACAGCAUCAGGCCGGCUCUGACUCUUUACUCACAGGCAUGGCUUUCUUCAAGAUGAGAGAGAUGUUCUUUGAGGAUCAUAUCGAUGAUGCAAAGUACUGUGGUCACUUGUACGGGCUGGGCUCCGGCUCGGCCUACGUCCAGAACGGAACGGGGAACGCUUACGAAGAGGAGGCUAACAAGCAGCAGUCGUGACAUCACCCCGAAACUCUCCCAUCCUGCGGUUCAACGUGCACAAUCAGUGCGGCACCGAAGCCGAGCUUCGCCAACCGGAUGACAAAAAUGGAAGAACACGGAACAUACACACGUCAUUUAGCAAGCUGCUUCUCAUAGGCUCUGCUCACCUUAGACAACUGAAUAUGAUGGUCGAAAAAAAGAAAAGAAAAAAAAGCUCUACAGCUGUCCUCACACAUGCCCCCCCGCUGGCUGCAUGUGUGAGCUUAGUCUUUUAUUUCUCCGAAGCGGUGUAGGCAGCUGGUUGAAUCAGUUCAGUUUAACAUGCUUGAAAAGAUGGGAUUUUAGUUUUCCUAAGAUGUUCUGUAGAAAAUGUUUUGCACUUUAAAGCUCUAACCUGAUUUUAUAUGGAAAGCUGAAAAUGUUUCCGGUGUGUCUCUCCUCUUUGUUGCCUUCUCUACGUUCCCGUUUUACAUUGUGAACAUGCAACUCUUUACUCUCACAGCAGCCGCUCUCACCACGCUCAGCCUUAACAUUAGCUGCUUUCUUAUCUUUUAAACUUUUAUUGUGCAGGUUGUCUGACAUUGAGUAUCUUGUCUUCUCUGACAUUCAACACUAAGACACGGUACGCCCGCCCUCUGUCAUUGGAUCUCUUGUAUGAUAAUGAGAAAGGGAGCUGUCAGUGAGUCUGUUUACGUGCACAGGACUAUCAUUGAAGUUUUUUUUUUCCAUUUGUUCAUAUAAAUAUUAUGUUUAUAAUGACCUGAGUAUACUCUAAUCCCAAUGUGAGAUGCCUUUAACAAGCUGGUGUAUUCUGUCUAUCAUAGACGGGAUACUAAAACGAGACAGCACCAUUUCCUCUUUACUACUUGUCGCUCUUUUCCUUUUGUAUUUAUUUAUGAUAAUGGUCCGAGAGGUCGCAUUCAAAUAUGUGUAUGCAGUAUGUACUCGAUGCAUACUUUUGAUUGGAGGAAUGUGGUUUAUUUGUGCAUGUAAACACCCUCAGUGACACAAGCACACGUGAAGGCAGAUGCAUCACCUCUGCAUGGUCUUGCUCUGAUUUCAACCAAUUUCACCAGACCUUUAAAAAAACAAAAAACACUCGCCUGCUGUAGGCCAUGCUGAGGUCACCCUGAUCUAUUCUUUUGAGAGUCAGUUUUCAUUUUUAAUUGAAAUUAAGGGUUUUAGUGUUGUAAUAAAAGGAGAAAAACUUUUACUCAUUAGAAAAAAAACUAACAUUGCCUUUUAACACGCAUCUUUCUGUUCCGGUGGAGUUCGUUUCACUUGUAGAUCUGGCCUUUUGAAUGACCUAUUUUUGUUUUUUUGGGAUUGCUUUCCAGUUCAUUCAUGCCGCAUAGAAGAGCCGCAUGUACUAAAAAAAAAAGUUUGAAUAAAUGCUGUGUUGUUGAAUAGUAUCCUGAACUUCCAUAGGUGUGUGUUGAAGUGUAGGUUCUCCACUUAUUUACCUCCCUCAGCGUGAAAAGCUGACAACUGAAACACCUUCCUUCCUGACUCUGCAGCACAUCUUUCACACUGUAAAGGAGUAAAAAGAGAAUAUGCAAUAUACAAGAGGAUUGUUUUUAGAGUAUUUUGUAAAUAAAGGCUUGAAACUUUUCUA